AUGACCACUCAGCCCCACGACUCCGAUUCUGCUUCGUUUGUACUACCAGAGUACAUCCAUCCAUGGUUACGCGCAGUCGUCGUCUUGGGCUUUGUCAGCUUCUUCGCCUCGGUAUCCCUUCUACUGGUCCUCACCUACAAGCUCGUGUCCUGGCAACUCCGGUCCAAACGGAGUAACCAAUUCGUCAUCCUAAUCUUCAACCUUCUCUGGGCCGACAUACAACAAUCCCUUGCGUUCCUGCUAAACGUCGAAUGGCUGAGACUGGGAUCUUUGGAAGUGAAAAAUCCUAUUUGCUUUGCGCAGAGUUGGCUAGUCUCGACGGGUGAUUUGGGAAGUGGCAUCUGGUGUCUCGCCAUCGGUCUGCAUACCUUUGCGUCCGUCAUCCUAAACUACCGACUUAAACCCCGGGCCUUUUACCUAGCUAUAUUCCUGCUCUGGCUAUUCAUCUUUGGGAUUUCUACCGUUCCUAUCUUCGUGCAUGGCAAGGGUAUCUACGUUCGAUCCGGUGUAUGGUGCUGGAUCAGUCAUAACCAUGAAGACCUUCGACUAUGGACCCAUUACUUCUGGAUCUUCGUCGCUGAAUUCGGCAACGUCAUCAUCUACGCCCUUAUCUAUGCGAUAUUGAUCGUCCGCAUUCGCUCGGGUCACUACAAGCCCGAAGAGUCUGAACGAGUACGGUCCAUCGCUAACCUCAUGGUCGUAUAUCCUCUUGUAUAUAUUAUCUGCACCAUUCCUCUCGCCAGCGCGCGUAUGGCGGCCAUGUCAGGCAGCCCACCGUCACUGGCACGCCUUUGCCUCUGUGGCGCAAUCAUCACUUCCAACGGUUGGCUCGACGUCAUCCUCUACACAAUCACCCGACGUAUCCUGAUAUUCAGUGAUGAACCGCCCUCUGAAGAAAACGGCAUAGACACAUUCGCAGUGUUUUGGGUAGAAAAGCCAACACGCUUCGGUGGCGAAUGUACAGUCGAAGCCACAAACUCACAUGCAAAGACCCGAAGGGGCAAGAACAAGAGCAGGAUCACACUCUCCUCAAGCAACGAUAGUUCAGAUGAUCUCGUCAGCGCAGGCGCCACAGACAUCAAGCUCAUCACAACCACCCAAGUCACCAGUGAAUUAGCACAGCCCGAGGAUGUCGAAGAAAUGGAAGCCGGAGCACGAAAAGCACGGCCUCGAACACCAAACUCAAGAUGGAGCACCGAAUCGAGUGACAGCCGCAACAUGAGUCUAAAAGACUUGUCUUUACCGCACAUCCCAUAA